AUGGCCAACCUCACCACUAGCCAUCCGGGCGAGAACGAGGACGACUGGGUCGAGAUAUCACAACGAGACGCUCCAGCGCGAGAGAUCAACACACCGACCAAGAAUGUCUUCCUCGAAUUCCAGCUGCGAACCAUAUUCGGCACAUACUCCUACACUUCUCUAUCCCUCCGAAAGCAACGCAACAUAGCGCCACUGGAAGGAUCCGACGGCUCCAUCAAUCCGCAACAACAAUCCCCUCUCUGCCAACUCCCCGCGGAGCUCAGGCUGAGCAUCUACGACCACAUCUUCCGCCUCGCAACCACCAACCUCUCAGACUCCAUAUACCUAGUCCACCGUCCAGCUACCAACCGUACUCCCAGCGCCCUGACCCCCCUCCUAACCUGCCGCCUCCUCCUCUCCGAAGCAGAGACCCUCUUCUACACCCUCAACCGCCUCUCCAUCCAAUGUCCGCAGGCCUUCAUAGCCUCCUUGAACUCCACGCGUCGACUCGCCAUCACAUCCCUCAUCCUCAAGACCAGCAUGGACGCAGCCUACCCUGGACUGCAACAGCUGCGCGGGCUCAAGAAUUUGGAGUCAUUGUACAUAGAGCGCAAAGCUAGUGUGAGGUUCCAGGCGGUGUCGAUGUGGGCGGUCAUGGCGCCGCAGUCGAUCGCGGAGUUGACGAAGGUGGGGAAGUUGAGGGAGGUGAGGGUGCUGAUGCCGGAGGCGAGGGAUUUGACAGAGUGGGAGAUGGCGCAAAAGAGGAGGCUGGAGGAGAUUGAUGGGAGGUUGGAGAGGGCUGUUGAGGGGAGGAGGGGUGUUGGAGAGUGA